UCAGUUUAAUCGACGGUGCUGUCAAAGUAGGCAGCUGUUUACGUUUUGUAUCGUUAUUUUGCGAUCGUUUUGCUAUAUUUUAUUGUUUUUAAAUUAACUAUUUUAAUAAACGGUUUUGAUAGUGAGAUAUAAUUGUGAUAAUUCAAGAUUUUUAAACCAUGUCAGAUGUCAAGAGGUGAAAUAAUUCUGUGUUUUGUGUUUUAACGUGUGAGUGACAGAUAUUAUAUUGUUUGGGAUUUGGCGUGAUAAACAUAAACGACCCAGCACGGCAUGCGCACACCGCCAGUGAUGCCACACUGCUGACGUCCCCACGAUGGUGCUGUCAUGGCGCUCGCUCGCCCUGCUGGCCGCGCUCGCCGCGUGCGCCGCGCUUCCGGAGCCGAUGUACCACAACCACUUCACGGUGCACGUGCCGGCGGGCAGGGAGCACGUGGACGAUAUAGCGAAGCGGCACGGCUAUGUGAAUCAUGGACAGAUUGGAGCACUGAAAGACUACUACUUAUUAUCUCACCACGAGGUUCACAAGCGGUCCACGGAACCGAACAUGGAGCAUCAUCGCAAGUUGACAGAAGAACCACAGGUGAGAUGGUUCGAACAGCAGCGCGAGAAGAAGCGAGUGAAGCGUGACUACAAGCCAUACGAGGGUCCGCUCUGGUCGCAGCUGUCGAGGCGGCUGCCCUCCCAUCGAACGAGGCAUCGCGCGAUCACACCGUCGCUCUUCCCUGAUCCGUUGUUUAGGGAGGAGUGGUAUUUGAAUGGUGGAGCAAAGGAUGGCUUAGAUAUGAACGUAGCACCGGCGUGGACUAAAGGUUACACAGGAAAAGGUGUAGUAGUAUCAAUUCUUGAUGACGGAAUUCAAACUAAUCAUCCUGAUCUCGCACAAAAUUACGAUGCCCUUGCUUCAACGGACAUAAACGGCAACGAUGAUGACCCCAUGCCUCAAGAUAAUGGUGAUAAUAAACACGGUACAAGAUGUGCUGGUGAAGUAGCUGCAGUGGCGUAUAACCAGUACUGUGGUGUUGGUGUAGCUUACAACGCGAGUAUAGGCGGUGUUCGAAUGUUGGACGGUGUGGUCAAUGAUGCAGUGGAAGCCAGAGCUCUAGGAUUGAAUCCCGAUCAUAUAGAUAUUUACAGUGCUUCAUGGGGGCCAGAGGAUGACGGUAAGACUGUUGAUGGUCCGGGGCCACUAGCUAGAAGAGCAUUCAUUUAUGGAGUCACAAGCGGUCGACGCGGAAAAGGUAGCAUUUUUGUUUGGGCAUCUGGUAAUGGAGGCAGACACACUGAUUCAUGUAAUUGCGAUGGAUAUACGAAUAGUAUAUUUACAUUGUCAAUAUCAAGUGCUACCCAAGGAGGUUAUAAACCAUGGUACUUAGAAGAAUGUUCGUCUACGCUAGCCACAACAUACAGUUCAGGGACACCUGGACACGAUAAAAGUGUAGCAACAGUUGACAUGGAUGGAAGAUUACGACCCGAUCAUAUUUGUACAGUAGAACAUACUGGAACAUCAGCUUCUGCACCGUUAGCAGCUGGUAUAUGUGCCUUAGCUUUAGAAGCCAAUCCAGACUUAACGUGGCGAGAUAUGCAAUAUUUAGUUGUAAUGACAUCAAGACCACAACCUUUGGAACGAGAAAAUGGAUGGAUUGUGAAUGGUGUAAAUAGAAAAGUUAGUCACAAGUUUGGUUAUGGAUUGAUGGAUGCAGCCGAGAUGGUUAAUUUAGCUGAACAGUGGAUAUCUGUGCCUCCUCAACACAUUUGUAAAUCUCAGGAAAUAAAUGAAGAUAAGCCCAUAGAGUCGACUCCUGACUACACUUUAACCGCACGCAUGGUGGUUAAUGGCUGUAGUGGAACAGUAAAUGAAGUCCGUUACUUGGAACACGUGCAGUGUAAGAUAUCAUUACGUUUCUUCCCAAGAGGUAACCUACGUAUAUUAUUGACUUCACCAUCGAAUACAACAUCUUCAUUAUUAUUUGAACGACCUCGUGAUGUAAUCAGUUCUAACUUUGAUGAUUGGCCCUUCUUAAGUGUCCAUUUCUGGGGCGAGCAAGCAGCGGGCACAUGGACUCUACAAAUAGUUAAUGCUGGUAAAAGACACGUAAACCAGCCAGGUAUACUUAAAAAGUGGCAAUUAGUAUUUUACGGAACAGCUGUAGAUCCCAUAAAGUUACGCUCGAAACGACCACCGCCUUUCGGUUUCUCAACAGCCGUCGAUGGCUACGAUUCUGUCGGGGAUUUUUUUUACAACACUGACGCGUUUACCAAUUACCAGAACUAUCCUACAUUAUUUGCUGCCGGAUCUGAUCCCGAAAAAGCAAUAGCCCGUCUAGACGGACACAACGUCCCUUCACCGCAUGGGGAAAGUGUCCUCGCUGAUAGUAAUGAUAAGCGCGUCAUGCAUGAUUGUGACCCCGAAUGCGAUUCCCAAGGCUGCUAUGGAAAAGGACCAACUCAAUGCGUCGCUUGCAAGCACUACAGGCUUGAUGACGCUUGCGUAUCUCGAUGCCCUCCAAGAAGUUACGCGAACCAGGGUGGAGUUUGCUGGCCGUGUCACGAAUCUUGUGAAACUUGUGUGGGACCCGGACAAGAUUCUUGUUUGACGUGUGCUCCAGCGCAUUUGUUAGUCGCUGAUUUAGCCGUCUGUUUACAACAGUGUCCUGACGGUUACUAUGAAGAUAGCGACACUUCUACAUGUCGACCGUGUGCCGUUCAUUGUUCGACAUGUUCAGAAAAGGCUGACGCGUGUACGUCGUGUGAACAUCAUCUUGUUUUGUAUAAUGGAACGUGCACAGCUUCUUGUCCGCCUUCGACUUAUGAGACGGAUGAUUAUAAUUGUGCCAAAUGUCACCCCACGUGUGAUACAUGUGUGGGGCCUGGACCAGCACAGUGCGUCACUUGCCAUCCAUCGAAUUACAUUUUAGAUGGCAGAUGUGUGAACGCAUGUCCGAGCGGUUAUUAUGCGGACAAGAAAAGGAAAGAAUGUCUCAAGUGCCCCGUCGGUUGCACGAAUUGUUUAAGCACUUUUUGCCUCAGUUGUGACACAAAUUGGGCACUGAAUAAAAAAGGCAAAUGUCUCCCAGUGGGCAAUGAUAGGUGUUCACCGAGAGAGUAUUCUGAUGGAAACAAAUGUCGCCCAUGCCACGAUGCCUGUGAAUCGUGUUAUGGUGAAAGCGAGAUGAAUUGUUUGACUUGCCCGUCGCCUAACCUUCUGCAGAAUUACAUUUGCGUCCCGGAAUGCGGGCACGGCUACUACGCAGAAGCAGGUCGCUGUGUGCGCUGCGUGCACGGCUGCUCGCGGUGCGCGUCGCGGCUCAACUGCACGGGCUGUGAGGGCGCGCUGCGGCUGCAGUCCGGCGCGUGUAGAACCGCUUGCGCUGAUGGGUACUACGCGGACCGUGGCACGUGCGCUAAGUGCUACCUCUCGUGCCGCACAUGCAGUGGGCCGCGUCGCGAUCAGUGCGCGUCUUGCCCAAGCGGCUGGAGGCUGGCGGCGGGCGAGUGCCACCCAGAAUGUCCGCAAGGUUUCUACCAAACGGUUGACGGAUGCCGCCACUGCCACCACUACUGCCGCGAGUGUGACGGCUCCGGCCCGCUCAACUGCAAAUCCUGUCCCCCACACUUCAUGUUAGAUGGCGGGCUGUGUAUGGAAUGCCUCGGCUCGCAGUACUACGACGCGAGCAGUGGAACGUGUCACGCGUGCCACGAUACGUGUAGGACGUGUUCUGGACCCGGGCAGUUUAGUUGUACGGGGUGCUCAAGUCCGUUGAAGAUUGAUAGGCUAAACAAUCAAUGCGUGCGAUGUUGUACGGACCGCGGGGUCGGAACAAAUUUAACCGCAACCGAAGAAUGCUGUCAUUGCCAUCCCGAUACUGGGGACUGCAUAAACUCGUCCGCGGCGAGCAAGCGACGUAUCGCGCAGUGGGGCGCUUUGCAGAGUCCCCCGGAGACUCCGGUCAAGCCCAGCCUCAGUCCCGCUAUGUUGGUGGGGGUGGUGCUCAUAGCUGGUAUUGUGGUAGUUGGGUUGAUGGUGAUACAGCUGCGCUUCACAAAGCGGCAACGUCGCACGAGCACCCAAGGCGCUCUAUACUCGCCGCUCACGUGCAACGACGACGGUGACGUCACAGUGCUAGCGACCAAAACGGCCUGUCCCGUCACUGAGCUAGAGAGCGAACCGCUUCUCGAACAUUCCGCGUAGCGAGUGUGAUACUAGCUUUAUAUCGAUUAGGGAUGGGACGUGUCGAUAUCGAUGUUCAGUUGAGAGAUGUGUCGUUUGUUGUUAUAUCUAAAGGCCUAUUCAAACUAGAGCGGUAUAGCGUAGCUAUCGGUAUACGAGGGUACGCGAUUAGAGUCUCUAUAAUAUACUACGUAAGAGAUUUAACCGCGUACCCAUCGGGAUACCCAGCGGUAUCCGCUACCCACGGCGGUAGCGGAUACCGCUCUGGUUUGAAUAUGCCUUUAUAUAAUCGAGUUAGGGAUGGGGCGUGUCGAUAUCGAUGUUCAGUUAAAGAUGUAUCGUUUGACAUAUAAUUCGGUUUUUCGAUAGGUGGAUAAGUCAAAGGCCUAACACGCUAAUGAUAAAUUGUAAAGACCGAUUUUUUUAUCGUCAACUGGUUUGUGUUUAGAAUUUUAUGAAAUCAAUUUCGAAUGUUUAAAUGAAACCGUUCGUAAGGAAAGAAGUUUCAUUAUUAUUGAAAUGUGGCGUUAGUGCGAUAGAAAACACUCCUAUAGUAAUUACUGAAGCGAAAACUUAUCUAAGUACUGUAAUAAUUUGUAUAUCAAAUUAUGAGAAACUAUAUUUUUUACUAAACAGCGUACGAUAACACCAAUAAUACGGUUCCAAUUUCUAGGCUAUACAUAAAUUAUCUGUAUCUAUAGAUAGUUAUGAAAUUGAGUUAUCUAAUACGAAGGUGUAUAUAUGUAUAAGAGUCAGCCGAUAGCUAGUGUGACGUCACAACGUUAGAGCGGGAUAGAUAUAUGUAAUUAUAAUUAGGUGUAAAUUGUAAAUGAACAAAAUGUUCGUAAACUACGGCGCCCUCUGCCGUCUACAUGUGAUAUGAGCGCUUAGGACUUAAUACGUAUGGUAUUCAUUGCUGUUACCUUUUAAAAACAUAAUUAAAAAAAAUUAAAACGUUUUUUAAUGAGUCUUAAAAUUACACAAUCAACAACAAAAGGUUUCAAUUGAAGUUGUUUCACUUUUUUCUAAAUCGCAUUGUACGCCUCUUUUAUGUUAUCGAUAAACUUAAACAUCUAUUCUAGCUGUUUUACCACUUUCCCUCCAAAAGUAUGAAAUAAAAACGCAAUUCCCUUAAAAUCAUACUUUCAAAACAACU